AUGGCGGAAGAUGGCGUAAAAAAUGAUUUUUUUAAAAUCUUUUUUGAAAUAUUUGAUAGUAAAGAGGCUCCUGGGUUUUGGAAAUCUACCCCCAAACUCAAGGGAAUUUUUGAUGCCAACAAGAGACACAUUGGCAACAUCAAAAUUGGGUGGUACUACUACUACAACGUCGAUGAUGGUAGAGACAAGUCAUCAUCCAGAUUGAGAAAGAGGGCUGAACAUGGAACUCAUUCCUUGAACCAGCAGAUGGAGACUGCUGGCAUUGCCGGAACACUUGCUCCGUCUACGUCUUUGGUGGAUGAAUCACUGCUCUGCCAAGGGCUAGGGCUGAAUGAUGAGUUGCAGCGUGUAUUGGCCAAGCAUGAAUCUAUUGCUUCUGGAACUUCUGUUCAAGUGGAAAAACCAAAAUCUGAACCACCUCAACCUCUUGUAAAUGUUGAUGCUCCGCUUAUUGAUGCCGGAGACUGCAAACAAUCAGACCAAGGAUCUACAUCAAAUGCUAGCCUAGGGACACAGUUGCUUCUUCCUGGUCCUCCUUCAGCUAGCAUUCCAUCAACAACAACAAAAGUUGACCCGAAAAUUGAUCUUCUGAGUGGAGAUGACUUCAGCUCACCUACAACUGAGAAUGUCCUGGCCCUUGUUCCUGUUGGUGGAGAACCUCAGCCUGCAAGUCCUGUUUCACAUCAGAAUGCCCUUGCUCUUGUUGACAUGUUUUCAUCACCCAGCAACUCACAAUCUCCAUAUUCAGCAGGGCAGACCCAUGCUUCAUCCCCUCAAUUUCGACAACAGAGUUUCACUUCUACCCAGUCAGCUUUGUACCCAAAUGGAAGUGUCCCCGGAACUACAUAUACACAAGGCUCUAACACGGCCUGGAACGAACAGAUAUCACAGCAACAGCAACAGUCACCUUCUCCAGUUUAUGGUAGUCAAAGCAGUUCUUUUCCACCACCUCCAUGGGAAUCUGAGGCAGCAGAGAGCAGCCAAACAGUGGGUAAUCCUCAUGCUCAACCGAUGCAAAAUAAUCAGUUGUUGCCAGGUAGUCCACAUGCCCUACCAAAAAGAGAACCCUAG